UUCUUCUCCACUGUAGUCCGUACCUGAGAAUUCAUGACCACGUGCCCCAGAGCAGUCAAUCAUAUAGUUCCAACCGCCUCCAACAUAGGUUGCGAAAUGAUAUUUAUAGUAUCCGUGGCCUUGAAAUGUGGAACUUGAUAUUACGGCCAGACUUUGAGUAUAUAAGUGAUCGUGCCUGCUUACUCGUGAGGCACUUAUAUCUCCACUUCGCUAGUUGCUGCUUCACCGUUUGAUCGUCGCUGCCAAGGCUCCUAAGUAUGUCGACUACUUCCACCCCCAACAGGGGUAUUGCAGUCUUUUCGGGAGGCAGUGCUGCCAACAAUCUAGUCGAGGUAUUCGACACAGUGCGCGACACCAAGAACUGCCCACUGAGCUAUAUUAUUCCCAUUAGUGACAACGGAGGUUCCUCAUCGGAGCUGAUCCGCAUCUUUGGGGGUCCAGGAAUUGGCGAUGUGAGAAGUAGACUGGUCCGUCUGAUUCCAGACUCGCCCCCGAAUUCCGAACGGGGUGCCAUAAAGACUCUCUUCAAUCAUCGACUGUCAGCGCACGCAGCCACCGCCCACGCAGAAUGGCUCUCCAUCGUAGAUGGCACAUCGACGCUCUGGCAAGCCAUUACGCCAGCAAAGAAAGAACUCAUACGCUCUUUCUUCAACCUUCUUAACCUGGAGAUCCUAAAGCGUGCCCGGCCCCCAUCAUCAACCUUCGACUUCACCUCUGCCAGCGUAGGCAAUCUCUUCCUAACCGGCGCCCGCCUAUUCAGCGGCAGCUUCGAAAGCGCCAUCUACCUCCUCGGUAGCAUCUGCGGCGUACCAUCCGACACAGUCCGCGUAAUCCCAGCCAUCAACUCCAACUUCUCCCACCACAUCUCCGCCUCCCUCGCGAAUGGCUCCGUCAUCGUCGGCCAGAACAGCAUCUCCCACCCCAGCGAAGCAACAGCCCUCCAGCCCCGCCCCAGACGCCCAAGCCUACUGCUCGCGGACGGCGCGGACGACUUCACAGAUACCGACACCUCCGACACGCACUCCUACGAAGACGACCACCCACCAGGCUCGCUGCCCACCCUGCGCAACAAAAACAUCCAAUUCUCCAAAUCCGAAAACGAGGAUCUCCCCUCCCGCAUCACCCGCAUCUGGUACAUCAACCCCUACGGCCAGGAAAUCCGACCACCGGCCAAUCCCCGCGUCCUCGAAACCAUCCGUGAUUCGCAGGCCAUCAUCUACAGCAUCGGCUCCCUCUACACGUCUCUCAUCCCGUCUCUGAUCCUGCGCGGCGUGGGACAGGCCAUCGUGACGAGUCCCGCUCGACAUAAGAUUCUGAUCCUGAACGGGUCCCUAGACCGAGAAACGGGCCCCCAGUCUGAACCUUUCACGGCGGUGAACUUCGUCGAGGCGAUCACUCGCGCCGGGGAGGAAAGUCGUGGUCGCAUGGCUCUUUCUGCCUCGAAUACUAGUACUCAUAGGUCCAUUCCAGGUCUGGGUCUUCCUUAUUCGUCGUAUGUCACGCAUCUUCUUCACCUGGAGGGUCCUGGGACGCCACAGGUAGAUCGUGAACGGCUCGCUGAGAUGGGGAUCGAGACGCUUCGUCUUUACGGGAGGAAGAUCGUCACGACGGAUGCGGGUGGUGCUGAGACGCCUGUUGGAAUGAAGUAUGAUGCCACGGCUUUGGUCCAGGCUCUUGAGGUGGUGCUUGGUAAGAAGGGUGAUGCGAUGCUUCGGGGUGGGGAGAAGAAUGGCUUAAGCCGAAGGAAUACAUUAGAUCCUGGGAGGAAGAGAUAGAUGAAUUUUCCCUUGAUAUAUGGGUAAAUUCAUGGCGCAAUAUAUGUGGUGGGCUUCUGUUUUCUGUAGAUUAAGUCUGAUUAGAUCUUUCUUUGGUAGAGGAUGGAGCGGGAGAAC